AUGCACGACGCGAAGAUUAUUCCAAUUCCAGAGCCCAGAGGCAUCCCCCUGCUGGGAAACAUUCUUGAUGUCAACUCAGAGGCACCAGAGAGAAGCUUCCAACGACUUGCAGAGAACUAUGGCCCAAUCUUUCGGCUGAAUAUCGCUGGAACAACCAGAGUAUUCAUAAGCACACAUGAACUUGUCGAUGAGAUUUGCAAUGAGGAAAGGUUCACAAAGGUUGUGACUGCCGGCUUGAGAGAGAUUCGAAACGGCGCCCAAGAUGGUCUGUUCACCGCUGACUAUCCUGGGGAGGAGAACUGGGCGAUCGCACAUCGCGUCCUGAUCCCCGCUUUUGGACCGUUGAUGAUCCGAGCCAUGUAUGACGACAUGUACGAUAUUGCAAGCCAGCUUGCUCUAAAAUGGGCACGUCAGGGUUCUGAUUCUACUAUAAUGGUCAACGAGGAUUUUACGCGCCUGACACUGGACACAAUUGCGUUGUGUUCCAUGGGCACCCGGUUCAAUACCUUCUAUAGUGAAGAACUACAUCCUUUCGUUAAAGCGGUGAUGACGUUGCUGCAGGGGUCUUCUGAUAGGACCUUUCGGCCGACAUUACUAAACAAUAUGCCUACAAGGGAGAAUAAGAAGUACUGGAAUGAUAUCGGCUUUCUCAGAAAGUUGUCUCAACAACUUGUCGAUGCACGCAGAAACAACCCACAAGACAAAAAGGAUUUGCUUAAUGCCCUCAUCCUUGGUCGAGAUCUCCAGACUGACCAACAUCUCAGUGACGACUCCAUUGUCAACAAUAUGAUAACAUUCUUGAUUGCGGGCCAUGAGACGACGUCUGCUACACUGUCGUUCCUUUUCUACUACCUACUUAACAACCCGCAUGCAUACCAGAGAGCACAGGAAGAAGUGGAGAUGGUUAUUGGUCAACGAAAGAUUACAGUGGAUGAUUUGUCAAAAAUGCCCUACAUUGCGGCCUCACUGAGAGAGACACUGAGGCUCCAGUCUCCAGUUCCUUUGAUCGCCUUUCAUUCUCAUCCUACCAAAAAUAAUGAAGAUCCAGUAACCUUGGGGAAGGGUAAGUAUGCUUUGAACAAGGAUGAGCCAGUGAUUGUUAUUAUGGCAAAGCUCCAUCGAGAUCCGAAAGUCUAUGGUGAUGACGCAGAUGAAUUCAAGCCAGAAAGAAUGCUGGAUAAAAAUUUUGAGAACCUUCCUCAGAACGCAUGGAAGCCAUUUGGAAAUGGUAUGCGGGGUUGUAUUGGCCGGCCCUUUGCCUGGCAAGAGAUGAUGCUUGUGGUGGCCAUGUUACUACAAAGUUUUGAUUUCCAAAAAGACGAUCUCAACUACGACCUUCGAAUCAAACAGACACUUUCAAUCAAACCUGAAGGCUUUCACAUGAAGGCAACACUUCGAAGAGGGCUAGAUGCAGUCAGGCUGGCGAGCUUCCUGAACAGUAGUAACGACCCUUCCUCUGAACCCCCGCAAACAACUAACGGAGAACAUAAAUCUAACGCAAAUUUGCAAUCCCACGUUAAACCCCUGCAUAUCUUCUUUGGUAGCAAUACUGGUACCUGCGAGGCCCUCGCUCGGAGGCUAGCUAAGGAUUCUUUUGGGUACGGUUUUACGGCCAAGGUUGGAUGUUUGGACUCAGCCAUGGAGAAUGUCCCUAGAGGGAAUCCUGUCAUUUUCAUCACUGCCUCCUAUGAGGGACAGCCUCCUGAUAACGCCGCCCAUUUCUUCGAGUGGCUCAGCGGGCUGAAAGGGACCGAGCUUGAUGGAGUAAAUUAUGCUGUGUUUGGAUGUGGCCAUCAUGACUGGUCAGCCACGUUCCAUAGAAUUCCUAAAGCUACCAAUGAUCUCGUAGAGAAACAUGGUGGAACCCGCUUAUGUGACAUUGGUGUGGCCGAUGCAGCCAAUUCAGACUUGUUCUCCGACUUUGAUACCUGGAGCGAGACUAUUUUCUGGCCUGCAGUCAAUUUGAAGUUCGACCGUACGUUAUCACAAGGAGAUGUGCAAAAAUGCAAGCCUGCCUUACAGGUUGACGUCAGUUCGAGCAUGCGAGCUUCCACGUUAGGCCUUCAGCUACAGGAAGGAUACGUGAUCGAAAACAAGUUACUCACAACACCUGAGGUCCCAGCCAAGAGGAUGAUCCUGUUCAGACUACCCUCAAAUAUGGCCUACCAGUGUGGAGAUUAUCUCACCGUGCUACCGGUGAACCCAGCUCACGUUGUUCGCCAGGCAAUCCGCCGCUUUAAUCUAUCAUGGGAUGCCAUGCUUACAGUCUGGAAGCCAUCACAGGCAUCAGUCGACAUCACGAACAUGCCCCUAGAAACGCCCAUCUCUGCCUUCGAGCUUUUCUCAACGUACGUGGAGUUGUCACAGCCUGCAUCCAAGCGCGAUUUAAACACCCUUGCAGAGGCAGCCACCACGGAUACAGACGCUCAUACAGAGUUACGCUCACUCGCCUCCAGCCCGAGCCGCUUCACUGAAGAAGUCCUCAACAAUCGACUAAGCCCACUUGAUAUCCUUAUCCGCUAUCCCUCAAUAGAUAUAGCUCUGAACGUCUUCCUCGCAAUGCUGCCCCCAAUGCGGGUGCGCCAAUACUCAAUAUCAUCAACCCCAUUAGCCCACCCUUCCGAGUGUUCCAUCACAUUUUCAGUCCUAGACUCACCCCACCUAGCAACAGAAAACAAACGAUUCAUAGGCGUGGCAUCUACAUAUCUCUCUAAACUCCAACCAGGAGACCGCGCCCAAAUCUGCGUUCGCGCAUCCAACAACCGAGGCUUCAAACUCCCCUUGGACGACAAAACGCCAAUGAUAAUGGCCUGCGCCGGAAGCGGCCUUGCACCCUUCCGUGGCUUCAUCAUGGACCGUGCGGAGAAGAUACACGGACGGCGCGCGGACCCCAUUUCCGAUGAUGACCACCUCGAGAUUGGUAAACUGGCGAAAGCGACAUUGUACAUCGGUUGCCGCACAAAAGGCAAAGAUGAUAUCCACGCGGCGGAGUUAAACGAGUGGGCAUGCCAGGGGGCUGUUGAUGUUCGGUGGGCGUAUAGUCGGCCAAGUGAUGGUUCGUCGGGUCGUCAUGUCCAGGACCUCAUGUUUGAGGAUCGGGACGAGCUACUUGAACUUAUCGAUCGAGGAGCGCGGAUUUAUGCUUGUGGUGGGAUGAGCGUUGGUCAGGGGAUUUGUCAGACCUUCAAAGAUAUGUUUAUUGAGAGACGGCGCGAACGGCGUCGUGAGGGGCGGGAGGAUGUCCCCGACGAGGAUGAAGAUGUGGCUGCUGAGGAAUAUUUGAAUACUUUGAAGACGGAGGAGAGAUAUGCGACGGAUGUUUUUACGUAG